GCCGCGCGUUCCGGGGGAAGGAGCCGCGCGCGGGACACCGGCGCCGCCAUCAUGGCGGCCUGAGGCGCGGCGAGCACGGCGCCGGGAGCCGCCGGGCGGGGAGGCCGUGAGCGGAGAGAUUUAAAACCUAGAAUGGCAGGAGAACAGAAACCGUCCUGCAAUCUUCUAGAGCAGUUUAUUUUACUCGCCAAAGGUACAAGUGGCUCAGCUCUGACUGCUCUUAUAAACCAAGUGCUGGAGGCUCCUGGGGUUUACGUCUUUGGAGAGCUGUUGGAGUUAACAAAUGUGCAAGAGCUUGCUGAAGGGUCUAAUGCUGCUUAUUUCAAGUUGCUGAACCUGUUUGCUUACGGCACGUACCCAGACUAUGUAGCAAACAAAGAUAACCUGCCUGAAUUAACGGCGACUCAGAAAAACAAGCUGAAACACUUGACCAUUGUAAGCCUGGCUUCCAGAAUGAAGUGCAUUCCCUAUUCUGUGUUGCUGAAGGACCUGGAUAUGAGGAAUCUGAGGGAGCUGGAAGACCUGAUUAUUGAAGCGGUUUAUACAGAUAUUAUCCAGGGGAAGUUGGAUCAACGAAACCAGGUGCUAGAGGUGGAUUUUUGUAUCGGCAGAGACAUUCAGAAGAAGGACAUCAGUAACAUUGUCAAAACACUCCAAGAAUGGUGUGACGGUUGCGAAGCGGUUCUGUUAGGAAUUGAGCAGCAAGUACUUAGAGCCAACCAAUACAAAGAGAACCAUCACCGAACUCAACAGCAGGUAGAGAUGGAGGUCACAAACAUAAAGAAAACAUUAAAAGCUACAGCCUCGUCGUCGGCACAGGAGAUGGAACAGCAGCUGGUAGAGCGAGAGUGCCCUCCACACACAGAACAAAGACAGCCCACAAAGAAGAUGUCCAAAGUCAAAGGGCUGGUCUCCAGCCGUCACUAGAACAUACCAUCUAAAUGUCAUUCAGCUAGGAAUGACAACAGGAGGAGCAAAAAAGGGCCUGCGUCUCCUUUUUCAGUGGGUUCUGGGCCAGUCCCUUCCAGGCUGGCGAAUAAAAGCCCUGUUUGAAUCCAGCUCCCAGUUAGCAGUACCUGGCUAAGUUACACUGUGCAGCCCCUAUUAAUUUCCAGGGUGUCCCUGUUGUGGUCCUGCAAAGGGGGGCUUAUAAAAAGAGGGACUAACCAAAGUGGCAGGAAAAAAAAAAAGUAUCUGUGGACAGUUUUGCUCCCUCCCAGCCAGUCUCAUUGCUGCUUAACCUUGAGGAAGCUGCUGUACUAAAUCAGAUCUUGGGAAAACUUCUGUAGCAAGUGUCUGAAUCCCAGGGUUGAAGUGUGGCUGCCAAAGCCAGGCUGGGAGCGAGGAAGCCAUCAACACAGAUCUUUUAAUUGCCAAAGGGAGUGCAGAAAGGUUUCUAGGCCAGGAACUGCUUUACAUGGAAGUCUUCAGCCUUUCCACUACCCCUGUCUAUUUUAAACUGGGGUGAAAUUCACACUACCUCGCUCUGUGAAGAUGAGAUCCAGUGCUGGGCUGUUUACUUAACUGUCUGUUUACUGCCCUUACUAAGCCCUUUAAUCUCUCACAGAUUUAAAGCACUGUUCUGCAUCUCUGAGGCAUCAAUACAAUAAGGAGGAAGCAGGCUGCUCUUUCGAGAGCCUUCCUUCUUGCAGGUGGUUAGGGGCAUACUAGAAACCGUUCCUUCUGAAUGUGAUGUGACCUCCCAGAGCCGCUUGUGAGUUGUUUUCCCCCAUUGGUACCUUCAAAGGGUAACGUGUUUGCUCUUCCUUGGGUGCUGGCAACAGUGGUCUGCAUGGGAGAAGAGCCCCUUUAGCAUUGUGGCAGGCUGGUGGCCCAGGACCCACUGGCAGGGGUCGCAGCAGCAUCCCCUUGCUGAAGCAAUGGACUUGACUAGUAUUUCUGAAUUUUGAACACUUUCAGGUUGUAUUUUCCUCCAUUUUUUUUGUACAUUGUUGUGAUUCUAAAGCAUUUCAGCCUUUGUUUUGUGGUUUUUUUUAUUUGUUACAGACUAACUUCAGGUGAUUUGCACCUAGUUUGUCAAGGUGUGGGUUGUUUUUUUUUUUCUAAGGGGGAGGGUGGGGUCGGCAUUGAAACAGCAAUUCACAAAAAAGCACAUUUUAGAAAAAAAUUAAAAAUGCUGAUUUAA